AGCAUUCCAGUGCCAGCUGCUGUCAGCAAAUAUCCUUUCACCAUAGCUGAGGGUCAGAUUGACCCAGAAGAUCCUGACUACUGUAGGUUUAAAAAGCAAUACUGUCUCUACUGGGGUGCAAUGGUAGAGGCUUUGGACCAGCUGCAGAGGAUGCUAUUGGACUUUGCGGUGCCACUGGCUCGGGUGUGCGGGGAGCGUCUGGCAGCGUGCGUGCAGAGCGGUGAGCUUGACUGGAGAGACGGCAGGGGCCGGCGUGCCCAUGUGGAGAAGCUGCUCUCGGUGCUGGAGAACAGAGAUGAGGUAUGGGACCUGAUGUGUCAGCCUGGCCAGCGCUACAAAGGCAUCGAGGGGCAUCAGGCAGCGGCUGUGUGCAUCCAGACCUGCUGGAGGCGCUACACUGCCCGUACCGCCUACCUGCUCCAACUCAGGCCCAAAUGGGCGGCAAAAGUUAUUGCCAUAUCUCUGCUGAAACGUGCCAAACUGGGCCAUUUGAAGAAGAGUCUACAGGCCUCACGUAUCCGCCAACUGGAAAACUACCACAUCAGGGCAGAGAGUCUGGCAGCCAACUGGAAACACAUCACCUCCGCCAAAAGGACUAUCAUCCACAUCCCAUCAUUGGGAUAUUCCCAACAUCAGCGGCUCAGUCUCAGGGGAUUUGAUGUUCUCCAGAAUACCCAGAUGGGCCGACUGUGUGAUAUCAGAGGUGAGGGUACCCGGAAUAUGUGUCUAGCUUCGCUCCUGAAGUAUAGUCCUCGAACACUACAGCGCAUCAAGAAUUUGAUCCAGGGGAAACAAGCCUACAUGAUUGGCGGUGUCACCCAUAUUGAUGACCUGGCUGUGGCAGAUGAGCUCGAAGUUCCACUUUUGGGCACAGAGCCUGCAGUGACCCAGCUAUACAGCACUAAAUCCGGGGGAAGAAGGAUCUUCAGUAGCGCAGGGGUCGACAUGCCUCCAGGAAAGUGGGAUAUAUACACCCUGGAGCAGCUUCAUGAAGGUCUGGCCCGGCUGAUGACAGAACACAUGGAAGUCCAGCGAUGGCUCUUCAAGAUAGAUAGUGAAGUGGGUGGACGGGGAACGGCCUAUUGUGACGCAUGCCACCUAAAAUGCCGCCCAUGGGCACAGCAGGAGUUUAGCCGCUAUGGGCCUGAACAGUGGAGAACAUCACAGUCUCAAGUAAAG